CCGAGUUAAAAUAUAACCUACCGCCAUCCACUGUAACGUACUAUUUGUAAUCAUUUAAAACGCUGAGAAGAGACCGUUCACCGCAUCGCUAACACCAUGUUUAUUCCAGUGGAACUUCAAAGGGGCAGCUCUGAGAUCGACUGGUGCGAACACAACUAUGCCAUCCUACCGGGUAUUGCCGAAUUUUUUAACACGAUUAGUAAUGUCUUGUUUUUUCUACUACCUCCAAUGUUGAUUCACUUAUUCCGACAAUAUGCACAACAAGUGAAUAAAGGAAUUAAUAUCAUAUGGAUCCUAUUGGUUGUUGUCGGUGUGUGUUCGGCAUAUUUCCAUGCAACAUUGAGUCUGGUUGGACAACUCUUAGAUGAAUUGGCAAUAUUAUGGGUUAUCAUGUGGUCAACAGCGAUGUUUUUCCCGAGAAGAUAUUAUCCAGCAAUAUUCAACGGUAACAGAACUAUCUUCAAGGUUGCCGUAGUUACGUUGAGCAUCUUCAGUACUGUUCUUGCAUUCCUGCACCCAGCUGUAAAUCAUCUUGUUAUGAUAUGUUUUGUUUUACCAUCAGCAUUUCUAUUGGUCACGGAAAUGAGGAGAUGCGACUGUGACCGAGUCUAUCGUCUUGGAAGACUGUGCGGCAUAUACACCACAAUAGCUGUGACAGUCUGGAUGAGUGACCAAGUAAACUGUAAUUUCUGGAGUGCAUUGAAGUUUCCCUAUCUUCAUAGUAUCUGGCACAUUAUGAUAUUUGAAGGGGCUUACUUAGGAUGUGUGCUAUUUGCAUAUUUUGAUGCGGUAGUUGAAGUGCCCGAACAAGGACCGAUGUUGAAAUACUGGCCCGAUGACACAUGGGAGUUAGUUGGUGUGCCAUAUAUUAGUUUUAAAACUGUUGCUGGGAAAGCUACAAAUUGUUAAUAUAUUUAGUUUUCAUAGUUUCAGAAUGUUUUUCC